AUGCCGGAACCUGCUCUCCCGUCAGUUACAUAUGCAGACUACAAGAGAGCCAUACGAGGAAGCAAACGAAAGAAUGACACCUCGCAAAGCAGUAGUGCUUCCAUGAAAGAAGAAGCAGUAGCUUAUCCUGUUGUCAAAUCAAGUAGUAGUUCACAAAAUAGCAAAAAGAAAGGACGAACAUCGAUCCAUUCGGGCGUGAAAGCAAGCAAAGAUUCUUCCUCAUUGCUUCAGAACGAUGUUGCCACCUCCUCUGCUCAGAUAGAGAAAGAUGUCAGUCAACAGAAUACUAGUGAGACCAAUACGCACAACAACAACAACACUGAUCAGCAAGAUGAAGGCUUUGAAGUGUUGGAGCAGCAGCAUUCAGGUGAGCUGGAAACAUCGAGCUUGACGAUACAACAUACCAUCUCAGGUGAAAGUGAGAGUCCCUUGGAACAGAAACAGAACAACACAAACAACAACAGAAACAACAGUUGUGACGAAGGAUUUGAAGUCCAUGAUUCCACUCUCAUCAUAUCGUCACAGCGACAGCAAGGAGAACCACAACAUUCCACGGAUAAUGCCAAGACGGAAGAUCCUAUUCAAAUUACAGAGUCCAUUUCUUUCAAGUCUGCCGAUGAUAGCAUAUUCAGCACAGAAGGACAACAACAGAAGGAAUCCCCACCACGGAAAGUUGUUCACACUGCGGCAUUAGCAUCAGACUCACGACUAAGGUUGUUCACGACGUCCGCCAUUGACAUGACGGGUUGCAUUCGAAAAUCUGAUUCACCAGAAUCUUCUUCCAACGGUGGUGGCAGUGAUAGCACCCGUUCCAACAAUAUUCGACAGCUGGGAUUUCCACACUCUCCCAACAAAAAGAGUAGUAGUCACAGCAGCAGCAGCAGUCCAGAAAAAGAAGAAGUUUCGUCCGAACCAGGUAAAAGUCUGGAUCAAAGAUGGCAGGACUUUGGCGCUUCCUUGACCCUAUUGGGAGCGCCAGUGCUCAGCUGGUUUUCGGCAACGACAUCGGACGGUGUGGUGGCAAAUGAUGAUGAACAACAAGUAACAACACAGCCUACUACUAGUCACGAUGAUAAGGACAAACGAACUAGGCAAGAUUCAAAUUCGUCAGAGUACGCAGAUAUGGUCUUGGACACUGCACCAGUGGUGGACGACACGUGUUCUUCGUCCUCGACGGUAUCCAAGAAAAAGAUUACUACGUCGUCUCUAUCAUCUACCGACCAAGGAUCCCUUUCCUCGCAUGAUGGUGUCGUUGGAGAAACUACUCCUCGAGCGCAGAUUGCCUUGCCUCGACAACUGUCCCGCUUAUUUAGUGCCAAAGGUGGAGCAGGUGGUGGCGAAAGCGAUAACGACAAACAGGAUGGCUUCUCCAUUGCGGAUUGGUCGCAGAAGACUUGGAACAAAGUGGUCACAUCUAUUCCUUCCAAGGACGAAAAUCCAAAAAGAUGGUAUCAACUUCUUCUUGGACUCUAUCUGAUCUCAGCAUCCAUUUUCAUCACGAUAAUGGUACUGGUAAUGAAAUCGGGUGGUGGUACUGCUGCUUUCAUGCUUUCCCAAAAUAGCAGUGACAUUGUGCGAUCUUCCGCUCCUACAGUUACAGCUUCCGUGGUUCCGAGUGACAGCCCAUCACUGGUGCCAUCCAAUAUUCCCACCAACUCACCUACCAUCACUGGAAGACCAACUAGCUCUCGAGCUCCAUCCACAGUACCGAGCGAAGCACCAUCACACAAGCCUUCCAUUGAACCCUCUGGCAAUCCUACCAUGACUGCCAUGCCAACCUCGGAACCCAUGACCUAUGUUCCAGGCAAGCUAACCGUUGAAUCGAAUGGACUCAAAUUGAGCGAAGGAUUAACCAGUCGCAUCAUUGCACGAUCGGGACAAAAAGUCUUGCUCGAUGGCCGUGGAUUUCUUCCAACCAAUCAAGAAGAUGACUGGAAUCAUACUACUAGCAGUAGUACUACUACCAAUUCCUCCUCAAUCGCUCCAUCGUCUUCGCCAACGGCCUGGUCCAUUGAAUCUGACGAGGUCUUUCAUUUCAAACCAGAUGGAGCAGCUGCCUAUCUGUGGCCCGAAAAUGACGACUACAAUGGAAAAGGUUGGGUAUAUGUCAGCAAUUCGGAAGUUUGGGACCAAGGAGAUGGAGGUGUGGGAGCCAUUUACUUUGAUGAUCAGGGAAGAGUCGUGGAUUACAAGAUGCUCAUCAAUGGAACGACUGCAAAUUGUUCUGGCGGAAAGACUCCUUGGCAUACUUGGGUUACCUGUGAAGAAGCCGAUGAUGGAAGAAUCUAUCAAGUGGAUCCAUUGGGAAUCCGGCCACCAGAAGAAAUGACAAUUGGAAUGGGACAAGGCAAGUGGGAAUCCUUUGCCUACGACAUUCGUGACCAAACCAAGCCACGAUACUUUGCCACCGAGGAUAAGGAUUCCGGAACCUUGAGACGAUUCACACCUGAUGAGCCGGACUGGGACGAUCCAUGGACCAUGCUUCAAGCCAAUGGCACUGUUGACUUUUUGAUAUUUGAACCCUUCGACUUGGAUGGACGAACAAGUGGUACUUUCUUUUGGACUACCGAUCUACGAGCCGCCAAGGAAAAUGCGCGAAGAUUCUUCCGAAACUCAGAAGGGAUUGAUGUCCGAGACAACCAGCUCUUUGUUGUAUCCAAAGUCCAGAAAGAACUGUUCAUUCUGGACUUGGAUGCCAUGACCUAUGAAGUCCAUUCCACUGUCGUUGGAUUGUUUGAUGGUCAGCCAGAUCAGAUGAAACGACUGAUCUCUGACGACGGCAAGGCUGGAACCAAGCACGACAAGAGUUUGUUGUACUUUUGCGAAGAAGGCGGAAGGAAUAAUGGAAUCCAUGCACGAGAUAGUUCAGGAUGGUACUUCACUGUACUCGAGUCUGAUACAUUGGAUGGCGAGACGUCUGGACUUGCCUUUUCUCCAGAUGGCAAGCACAUGUACUUUUCCUAUCAGCACAGAGGCAUAAUAUUUGAUGUAUGGCGAGAAGAUGGUCGACCAUUUCAUGGCAAGACGCUCAGCGUCAAGUACCACGAAACCGGUGAAGCCACCAUCCGAUAA